AUGGCUUCUUCUAUCGAAACCGGAGGGGCGUGGAGCACCAUGGAAGAUGUUUCUUUGUGUGAGGCUUGGCUCCGAGUUUGUCAUUGUCCCGUGACAGGCAAUGAGAUGAAAUUUUUCCAUAUGUGGAAAAAAAUUCAUGCCGAAUUUUGCGAAAAAAUUCUGGGGUCGACUCGUACGGAAAUGACAUUGUCGAGUAGGUGGAAAAUUCUCAAUAAAGAGUUGGGAAAAUGGAGAGAUGCCUUGACAAAAGCGAUGGACAAUUAUAGAAGCGGGGAAAAUCGUACUAAUGAGAUGAUUCAAGCACAGAUGUGGUUCAGUGCAACCAGGGGUGGCAAAAAAAGUUUCAACCAUAAUGAAUGUUGGGAGGUGGUGAAAUAUUGUAAACGCUUCAUAAUUAUUCCCACGGGUCCCGCCGUUGUGUUAAACGAGACGCCACUCCGUGAUUCAACGACAUCGGAUUCACCUCUCGAUUCCCCUAUGAGUCAAGACUCACCCAUCGAAAAGGAGUCGAGGCCCAUUGGUCGAAAGGCUGCGAAGGCAAAGAAAGCGGGUAAUUCAAGCAAUAAUAAUUCAAAGUUUUUGGAGGAAAUUGCAAGGUAG